AUGAGAUCCGUAUCCCUACAGAGUUUCGAAAGAGCUCCUGAGAUCCACGGAAGCGAUCCUCACAAAGACCUGCCACUCAAACAAGCCCUUCACCAAUACUCCAAAUACGUCUAUUACAUUCUCGGACUCGCGACUGUCAUCAUACUCUGGGGGUACGACCUCGUCGUAGUAGGAAGCAUCACCGCCGUUGAACCGUUCCUCCGCGAUUUUGGCGAAUUCGAUAGGAUUGAGGAGGGUGAAGAAAAAUGGAUCAUACCAGCAUUGUGGCUAUCUCUUUGGCAAGCAAUGCCGUGCGUGGGACAGCUCUUUGGAGCAGUCACUGCGGGCCGCUUGCAAGACAAGAUUGGGAGGAAGAAGUGCUUGCUUAUUGCGAGCGUGAUUACGGCAUUAAGCGUGCUGGUAGAGGUCCUGGCUUAUAAGGCUCCCAACGUUAGCGGGAAAAGGGGCGUUUUCCUGGCGGGAAAAAUUGUUCAGGGGUUUGCGCUUGCGUUGGUCAAGAUGGUGACGCUUACGUUCGUGAGUGAGACGGCGCCGACAUGUUUACGAGGUGCCGCUAUGGCCAUAUUUCCGGCUUUCAACCUUUUUGGCCAACUCUUGGGUGCUCUCGUGGUUUUCGGCGUGAACCAGAUCAAAAACGAGACGGGAUAUCUCAUUGCCUUUGCCGCACAGUGGGCCUUUUCGAUUGCACCUUUGGCGAUGGCCUUCAUACUCCCAGAGAGCCCUGCCUAUCUCGUCCGAGAGAAGAAGAUGAACGCUGCUCGCAUUUCCCUCGAACGACUUUUCGCACCAAAGAACAACAUCGAUCAGCUGCUCCAGAAUCUCGAGGCAUCGAUCGAAGAGGAACAACGCAUAGCGGACGAAAUUACUUACACGCAGUGUUUGAAAGGAAGCAACCGCCGACGGUCCUUCAUUGUCAUCUUUGCAAACCUGCUUCCGCCGCUAUUCGGUCUGCCCUUGCUUACUUCGUCCUCCUACUUCUUGCAGCAAGUUGGCAUGUCAUCCACCUAUAGCUUGAUGAUGCUCAUCGUUGGCAUCAUCGUGGGGACUGUUGCGAAUUUCGGGUCCACUUGGACGCUGUCGCACAUCGGGCGCCGACGACUCACAAUCUCCACGCUGCUCUUGGCUGCUAUUGUCUGGGGCACGAUGGGCACCAUCGGUUGCGUAGCUUCGCACGGAUAUACUCCAUGGCUUACUGCUGCAUUUCUCAUGCUCAUCAUAAUCAUCUGCGGCCUUGGGGUGUGGCCGGCGUCGUACGCUAUCAUGUCUGAAGUCUCGGCGCUCCGUUUACGCGCCCCUUCGCAGGCCAUUGGAGGCACCGCAGCAUACGUGUCAGCCAUUUUCACAAAUUUCGUGCUGCCAUACUUGUAUAAUCCGGACGCUGCAGAUCUCAAGGCGAAAACUGGAUUCGUGUUCAUGGGAUGCUGCGUGCUUGCGGCGGGAGCGACAUGGUUAGUUGUGCCUGAGAUGAAGGGUAGAAGUAUUGGCCAUGUUGAUCGGCUGUUUCAAGAAGGCAUCGGUGCAAGGAAGAGUGAGAAGUGGGAGAGCGGAAUGACGCCAAGGUGAAGUUGAGCUGUUGUAUGUGGUCAUGAUCUUGUUGUCCUUCAUAGAGAAAUCAUCUUCUCCAUCCACUUGACGAGACGUGCAACCUGGUGAAUUUCGCGAUGACUCGACUCAAACGUC